AUGAAGAUUUUGGAGAAGAUGGGAGUGGAGGAGUGCAAUUCGUGCAAGCUUCCUAUGGAACCAAGAACAAAGUUGAGCAAAGUUGUUGAAGGUGAAAUAUUAGUUGAUACAACAUUAUACAGGAGUAUAAUUGGAAGCCUUAGAUAUUUGGUCAAUACAAGAUCAGAUAUCACCUUCUCUGUUGGUGUUUUGAGUAAAUUCAUGGAGAAGCCUACAACAACUCAUAUGGCAGCAGUAAAACAAAUCCUGCGAUACAUCAAAGGUACUUUGAACAUUGGUUGUGUGUAUUUGAAGAAACAACCAGAUAUGGAUCUUGUUGGUUACUGUGAUAGUGACCUUGCUGGAGAUAUAGAUGACAGAAAAAGUACCACUGGAAUUCUAUAUUUUCUUGGCAGCAGUCCAGCUGGAAGCAUUGAUUUGGUGUAUGUUAAUACUGAAGUUCAAUUGGCUAUAUGUUGA